AUGGCGCAAUACGGCUACGGACAGAACCCGCAAUACGGCGCUGGGAAUGCGCAAAACCUCCAAUUCUACCCAUCGUCAUUUUCGAACCAGCCGGUAUCUGGCCAUUCCACACCGUUUCAGGCAAACUACGGCGCACCGGCGAGUCAAGCGUAUCCCGCACAGUAUGGUGCGGGGUUCGCUGCACCGGGCGUGAGCGGGCAGAUGGGCAUGGGUGUGUCGGGGCUGCGGACAGGGUGGCUGGCGGCUUUUGGCACGGAAGGAUAUGACGGAGAGCCGCCGCUACUGGAAGAGUUGGGAGUGAACUUCAGGCAUAUACAGAUGAAGACGUUGGCUGUGCUGAAUCCGUUUGGUCGGAUCGAUCAACAUAUCAUGGACGACAGCGAUGUGGCAGGGCCGAUACUGUUCUUCUUGAUCUUUGGGACGUCGUUACUGUUGUCUGGAAAGCUUCAUUUCGGUUACAUCUACGGUCUGGCGUUCGUUGGCACGAUCCUCCUCCACCAGAUUCUCUCCCUCAUGUCCCCGCCUGUCGUCGAAGCGACACCUGGAGACCACGGUCACCCGCAUGGCUCACAUCUCGGCUCCUCGUUAACGUUCCCACGAUCGGCAUCGGUGCUCGGAUACUGUCUGCUCCCUCUCGUUCUGGUAUCGAUGUUUGGAAUCAUUGUGCCGCUUGACGGGCUAUUUGGAUACCUUCUGACCAGCCUGGCCAUCACAUGGUGUUCCUACAGCUCCAGUUCCAUGUUCACCGUUGUUGGGCGCAUGACUUCCAUGCGGGGACUGGUAGCGUACCCCAUGGUUCUGUUCUAUGGCAGUUUUGGCAUCAUGGCUAUCUUCAGCUCGCGGGGCACUGGCCAGUUGGCGAAGGCGGCAGGAUCAUAA